AUGAGCAAGUCGAACAACAACCAGCCUAAGCUCGGCUUCCCUGUCUUGAUCUACCUGGCCCCAUCUGCUCCGCUGUCGCUGUCAUUUCAGCUGCGCAUCCAGUACAAUACGGAGCUAAAGCAGGCCUCGUUUAUGCUUGGCACAGUGGCCUCGGCGUUCCUUGAAGGCGCCAGCGACGAGCAUUCGUUUGUUGCGCAAUACGAUGCAGAUGAUCUCGACUCCAACACGCUCAACAACAACAACAAAGUGCAGUUGCAAGUUCCACCCACGCGCCUGGACGAAAUCAAGCGCGACACUGGCACACCGCACGUCAUUUCUUUCACCUUGCGCCUUAAACGCCCAUGUCCGCUCUGGUGUCCGCGCCUUGACGCCCUUGUGCCCGCAGCUGGGCUCAGCGCCGAAGCAUCCUUCAAGGAGCUGGUGCAACUCUCCAAGGCGACAACAGUCCAUAUCGCACUCAACCGCAAAUGGCUGACCGAUGAGCACAAGCAUCUUCUUCAGAUCAUCAACAGCGGCAGCGAGGCUCUUAGCGGCUAUCCCGUUGCCAGAUACUACUCCAAGUUCUUCAAUCAGGCCGACUGGACAGUCUUCAGACCCGAGUCCCCAAGUAAGCGUCCAAGGGAAGUCUCGCCUCCCUCAACGCCACCAGAUUACAAACGCGCCAAUCUGAACAAGUCGCCAUCUUCCAUACCGAUCUCUUCGCCAACUGAUGUCGCCACGUCACCUUCACAUUCACAAAUCGCAGGUUUUCUUGGCCUCCAUCCCCAGGGAAUUCAGAAUGAGAAUGGCCCCCAGAUCCAGGCCAUUACAAGUGUAGUUGAGCGCCACCUGCCUGGUCUUGUCCAGCAGUUCCUCCCCUAUGUCAUUGAGCAGACCCUGCCCAGCCUUUUCGCUCUUCCAAACAACUUCCCGUCCUACACUUCCAACUUAGACACACCUUCGCCCCCCAACCAAAAUCAAAUGCCACAUCCUCUCAAUCUUACACCCCUCGGCGCAACUCUCAUGCCCUUCAUCUUUGAUCACUUACGCCCCCAGGUGCAGCAGAUGAUAUCGUCAUCACUGAAUCGUGGCGUGAAUAGCAGGCUGGAGCAGGCAUUGUUCCACAUUGGCGAUAGGGCAGAUGAGAACAUAACAGAUCUGCAUCAGGCGAUAGAAAGCGGCAUAGAUGAUGUGCUGAGAGAGCGAGAUGGAUUAAUGCAUAAGCUACGACAAGAGAAGGAAGAAGCGAUCAAGGAAAUGCAGCUGGAAAGAGACAACGGCAUGUACGAGGUGGAGACAAAGCGAGAUGAUGGCAUGAUGGACUUGAGUCAGGAAAGGAAUAAAGGAAUCGACGCAUUGCAGUGGGAGAAGGAGGGAGUCGAGGAUGAGCUGCAUCGCGUCGUGUCAGAUGCUCUUGUUGAACUGCGGGGGGACGCAGAUAAUACGUGCGAGUCUGCGCUUAGCGAAGCCGACUCGCGCAUUUGGGACCGAGCGAAUGAGAUUGUCGCCGGGGCUCACAAAGAUCUCGAAGAGAUACAAAAGACGACGAUGAGAGUGAUGAAGGGCGAGACAAUUCUUCUGCGUGGCCAACGUCCUGGGCGACGUGCCGGCAAAGGUGGGUACUGGGGCCUUGGGCAUAGACAAGUCUCUCAGAGUCACCUCUCACUACUUAAGACGUGGCUGUAG